AUGGCUCCCGAAGCGCUCCUAUCCCACCUCAACCGCGCCGACGGCUCGGCGACCUAUACACAGAACGGAUACAGCAUCAUUGGCGCCGUAAACGGACCCCUCGAAGUCCAGAGGAGGGACGAACUUCCUUCUGAAGCAACCGUCGAAGUGAAUGUCAGACCCGCCAUCGGAGUCGGGAGCCCCAAAGAGCGGCACCUCGAAACCCUCCUCGCCUCCACCCUGCGCACCAUCAUCCUAACCCGACAUAUCCCGCGCACGCUCGUGCAAAUCACGCUGCAAGUGCGCAGUCUGCCCUCCGAGCACGCCAUCUGCGGUGUCGAUGCCAGCCUCUCGCUUCUCCCGCACCUGAUACACACGGCGCUGCUAGCCCUUCUCUCGUCGUCGAUGCCCCUCCGCACGACGGUAACAGCGGCGCUAGUCGUCCUUCCCGCAGGCAGGGACGCGGCGCCAAUGCUCCAACCUACGGCGAGGGACGUGAUGCUUGCGAAGCCGAUCCAGUCGGCGCAUGUGUUUGCGUUCUCGGGGAAUGGCAAGGUGCUGUUGAAUGAGAGCGACGGGAGUUUUACGUACGAGGAGUGGGAGGAGGCGUGUGAGAUGGCGGAAGAGGUGUGUUGUAAGGAGGGAGGAGUGGGGUUGAGCGACGCUAUGCAGGUUGAUGGCGGGAGUGAGAAUUUGGAGAGGUGGUUGAGGGAGGUGGUGAGGAGGAAGGUGGAGAAGGAGAUGAGGUGGAAGAGUGGGACGUGAAUGGGAUGCGGGAUGCUCUCUCUAAAGGAACAUUGGAAUUAUGCUGAGAAGAGAUGGUACAGUGAGCGACUGGUCGAUUCCGGUCAGAGACU